GUCACAGGCUCGGGCCGCCAUUUUGACUGAGCAACCCUAGUGACAGGAGCCGAAGGAGCAGCUCAGGUUGUCCCCGUUUCCCCUCCCCCUUCCCUUCUCCGGCUGACUUCCCGGGCCCCCUACACUCCACAGCCCCGGUCCCGCCAUGUCCCAGAAACAAGAAGAGGAGAACCCUGCGGAGGAGACCGGCGAGGAGAAGCAGGACACACAGGAGAAAGAAGGUAUUCUCCCUGAGAGAGCCGAGGAGGCAAAGCUAAAGGCCAAAUAUCCAAGCCUAGGACAAAAGCCUGGAGGUUCCGACUUCCUCAUGAAGAGACUCCAGAAAGGGCAAAAGUACUUUGACUCAGGAGAUUACAACAUGGCCAAAGCCAAGAUGAAGAAUAAGCAGCUGCCGAGCGCAGGACCAGACAAGAACCUGGUGACUGGCGAUCACAUCCCCACCCCACAGGAUCUGCCCCAGAGAAAGUCCUCGCUCGUCACCAGCAAGCUUGCGGGAUGCUCAGUCAGGAACCAUCAGAAGUCCCCAGAACGGGGAGAAGCGUCGCCGCCGCUGCCACCACCCACCGUCACCUCCUCAGUCAUGCCGAAGCACGAGUCACCGUAGACAUGACCUGUGAAGGCUGUGCUCUAGUGCGGUCACUCGGGUCCUCAACAAGCUGGGAGGAGUUCAGUUUGAGAUCGACCUGCCAGCAAGAAGGUUUCCAUCGAGUCUGAGUACAGCGUGGAUACUCUGCUGGAGACCCUGAGGAAAACAGGGAAGACCGUUACCAUCUCGGCCCCAGCUAGUGAGGGCCUGGGCCCCCAGCCUGCAGGAUGGACCAAAGUGGGCAGGACCCCCAUCCUUCCCUGCUUUCCAGACAGAUCUGGAACCUGGCAAUCCUGCUCAACAAUGGGAGUUCUGCGGAGACCCUCACUUGCCCUGCUGCUCCCUAGCUUCCCUGCAAUAAGUCGAGCUGCUUUUGUUGGAAAAAAAAAAAAAAAAGAAAGAAAGUCCCCAGACGUUGCCAAAUGUCCCCGGGAGUCCCUGGUUGAGAACCCAGUGUGCUGAUUUCUCAGUUCACUUUGCGGGCUCUCGUAGCUCAGGCCUGGGCCCAUUUAAUCCUCGCAGCAGUGCCCACCCUUCCUCCUGCACCCUGGUGCCUGCCUUCUGUCCCUCACCUUCCCUCUGGGGCCACCACGCCUACAUCAGAGGGGAUCCUCUGACCUCUCUCUACCCGAAAGUGGCACCUGGGGGUGAAAUGGAGAAGCAGAAGGUUUCUAUCCUUCACCUCUUGCACCAAGGGGAUCCCCGGACUGAUAGGAAUUUACAUAAUUGGUUAAAAUAAGCCAGCAUGUAUGCAGGCUAAGCUCUUAACUGUGACUGCUGUGCAUCGAGGGGCGAGCAGGGCCUGAAGCCCCUUUGCUACCUGGUGGGCUCAGUGGGAUAGAUGAGGAAUCUGUCUUUUCUGCAUAGUUUCCCCUUGACUCAGCUGUGCCACUUCCCUUCUCCAGCCCUCACUCAUCCUCACCAGUGCCUACCCAUAUUUAGACACUGCAAGCCUGUGUUGUCUUAGAAGACAGAAACCAGAUGGUUGCUAUGGAGAUUUAUUCACACACACACAUACACACACACACGCACACACACCCAUGGCCCAGGCUGAGUGGUAGGAGUGUCCCAGCACUUCUUGCUGGGACAUGCAUUUUUCUUCCUCUUCAUUUGCUACUACCCCACCUUUUCUAUUCUCCCCACAUUUCCUUGCUUCUCAUUCCUGCUCCCCGAUGCCACUACCCAUUGACCAGUACUGUCCUUAAAUAUCUCCUCUGAAUGCUUUCAGAGCUUCCAGAAUGCUCUCGGGAAGUCACAGCUUAAGAACAGAAUAACAUUUGUGAGCUUUCAUCAGUCAUAACAUGUCACUUCAUCUGUACUAUGAGGAUAAUUAUAAUACAAACGUCAUAUGGCUUUUGUUAAAUUAGAUAUAUGUAAAGAAACUUGUGUCAUGGCUGGCAGAAUAGGUGCUCCAUAAAUGGAAUUUGUUCUUUAUAAUAAAAUCCUGCUCUGGCACCUGAGAAACCAGCCACGAGGGCCUUUGGAAACCUCUGCUUGUGCUUCCUCUCUGACAGAAGGAAAACGCCGAGUGUCCCUGUCCUGUGGAGUGAUGGAGGGCAGAACUGGGGGAGGGACGGUUGCUUUGCAUUUUGUCUUUGUUGUACUCAGCUAGAAAGCUGUUUUAUUUUGAGGGGGCAGGGAUCUGGGCACAUGAUCUCUUUCUUUCUGCAAUUUGAAGUGAAAGCCACAGGGAAGAGAAGGCACAAGACAAAAUCUCCUUGCCUGGCUGAAAUGGAAGAGUACAGAGGAAGCAGAAUGCCCUCUGGGCCCUGGGCUCCAGCUGCCCUCCUCCUGUGCAGGCGGAGGAGACUGGCUGUGUUGUGUA